UGAGAGAGCGUUGUAGAGGAAAAUACAGCGCCGCUGCUAGACGAUCAAUAUAAACUCUGACCGUCCCACCUCUAUCCUCAAAAUCAGACUAGCUUCAGUUGAGGUGGAAAGCAGUUGCUGUUAUUUGUAGCUGAAUGUCCGUUUGUGACAUCGCUGAUUAUUUUUCUUAUACCCGAAAAUGAUAAAACAUAAUUAAACAUUUUUACGCAUUGUUAGAUUUUGUGGGCCCUGUGCAAUGGUUAACGAGUUGGUUUUGACUAUUUUUAUUGCAGUUUUUCUUCAUGCUGCUUGUUACUAUCCAUGUUCGGGCUCCAACGCGAAAAUCAACUUUCGGGAGAAGGAAAAGGAAGUGUUGGAUCAGAUUCUUGGACCAGGACGAUACGAUGCUAGGAUAAGACCUUCAGGUGUUAAUGGAACAGUUGAAGGAGAUGGUCCGACAGUCGUACGCAUCAACAUCUUCUUGCGGUCUAUCAGCAAAAUUGACGAUUAUAAAAUGGAAUAUUCAGUACAACUAACUUUUCGGGAACAGUGGAUGGAUGAACGGCUAAAAUUUAAUGACUUUCAUGGAAAGUUAAAGUACUUAACACUUACUGAAGCAAACAGGGUAUGGAUGCCGGAUCUUUUCUUCUCCAACGAGAAGGAAGGCCAUACGCAUAACAUUAUUAUGCCUAAUGUCUAUAUCAGAAUUUUCCCUUACGGAUCAGUAUUGUACAGUAUUAGGAUAUCGCUCACACUAUCAUGUCCCAUGAACUUGAAGUUAUAUCCUCUAGAUAGGCAGAUUUGUUCACUUCGAAUGGCCAGUUAUGGCUGGACUACGGAUGAUUUAGUCUUCCUAUGGAAAGACGGCGAUCCAGUUCAAGUAGUCAAGAAUCUUCACCUUCCUCGAUUUACUUUGGAGAAAUUUCUGACAGACUACUGCAACAGCAAAACAAAUACAGGCGAGUACAGUUGUCUGAAAGUGGAUCUACUUUUCAAGAGAGAAUUCAGCUACUACCUUAUCCAGAUUUACAUUCCUUGCUGCAUGUUGGUAAUCGUAUCCUGGGUUUCAUUCUGGUUGGAUCAAGGAGCUGUACCAGCAAGGGUAUCUUUGGGAGUAACUACUUUGCUGACAAUGGCAACGCAGACAUCAGGUAUCAAUGCGUCUUUACCGCCAGUGUCUUACACUAAGGCAAUCGAUGUAUGGACCGGAGUAUGUUUAACAUUCGUGUUUGGCGCACUGUUGGAGUUUGCGCUGGUUAACUAUGCGUCACGUUCAGAUAUGCAUCGCGAAAAUAUGAAGAAACAGCGCAGACAAGUUGAAUUAGAACACGCACAAUCAUUAGACGGUGCUUCUGAUAUGAUUGAUACUGAUAGUAAUGCCACUUUUGCAAUGGUAAGAAACCGAUCUCUGCACAAUCACAUAGAUGCUAACAAUCCUUCUCCUUUGCUUCAGAAACCUUUAGUACGCGGACCGGGUGACUCCAUGAGAUUAGAGAAAGCUCAUUGUGAGGUUCAUAUGCAACCAAGACCAAACUGUUGUCGGUCUUGGUUAUCUAAAUUCCCGACUAGGUCUAAACGUAUUGAUGUCAUUUCCAGAAUAACAUUUCCUUUGGUUUUUGCAUUAUUCAACGUUAUUUAUUGGUCCACGUACCUUUUUAGAGAGGAAGCAGAGGAGUCCUAAACUUCCUAAUUGUCCCUCAAAUUUCUUAGGCUUACUCCAACAGUCCCAGUGUGGUGUAAAUGCUAUUUUUAAAAGUUGCGUAAUUCUGAAUUGUUAACCAACAGGGUUAUUGUACAAUGUCUGUUGCUGAUUUUGGACGGCAGGUCUAAGCAAUAAUCGCUCGGUUGUUUAAUCUUGCUCAAAUUUUCAAUAUUCUACCCCAAUCAUUUGCAAUAAGAUAUUUUAACCCAAUGUGGAAAUACAAGGUUUGGUGCUUCUUCCUUCAAAUAAUGAAUGGAUAUCGUAUUCAAGAAGAUGAAAAACAUCUCAAUUAAUUGUUCUUCGCAAAACUUAUAUUCCUGUUUUAGUCUUUGAUUCUUAGUAAUUGUCAUCUCGAAGUGCUCUAAAGGCAUCAAAAGGCAGAUACAGCAAUUUUAUUGUCAACUUCCACAUUACUCAAAAAUACAUUUGACACAGCAUUUUUUCAUAUAAAUUGUCUAGCUUCUAAUAAUUGGUACCGUGUAAAUAAUUGUACAUUCAUCAGGACACAACGCCGAGACAGCUUCUCAUCUCAAGUAAAUAGACAUUUUCAAAAAUGCUAUAUAUUUUUUUAAUUUAUAGCAAACAUGACGUAAAUUAGUUGCCGCAUUAAUAUAAUUGGAAACAAGAAAAUUAUCAGCAUUUAUUCCAAAAUAGUACCCUGAGAACCACCGGUACCUUUAAACGCACUAUUUAUUACUAGUUGGAGCAGGCAGCGGUUUUUUAAAGUUAAAACCACCGAACUUAAAUUAUGUUCACUGUCUCGAAUAAAAGUGGAAUAAUCUAGUGAUUUAUAUUUCCCCCAUUGAGAAAUAGUUUGUUUUUCGACCUAACUUAUUGCUAAUUUUAUUUUAGAAUAUCUUUUCUUUCGACCAACUUAAAAAAAAAAUUCGGCAACAGGUAAUUAAUUGCUUACUUACUAACCUAAAAAAAACAUUUAUACAUUACAUUGUAUUUGUAAUUUCAUCGUCCGUGUCUGGUGAAUGUGCACAUUAUAUGACUGUAUUUGUUAGACCAGUAAAAAAACUUCCGAACAUUGUAUUUCUAUGAAAUGCAGUUUUUUCGUUCACGACAAAUUAAUUAUUUUUGUCACAAGUGAAAAUGCAGUGCCAAAAUUAAUUACUUUUCCUGAUUCAACAUAGGUAACGUAAAAUUAUAAUAAAUAAUCAUUAUGUAAAUAAUCAUAAGAACGGUAAAUUAACGGCAGGGUAGAAGGAAGAUAUGGGGUAAUAUAAUUUUUAUCAAGCAACAUAAAAGUAUUAACAUCUUUUACUUCCCGUGUAAUCACGUUACAGUGAUAAAGCUACACGGAUAAAAUUAUACAGCUUUAUUAAUUAAAUAAUUAAUUCAACUAAUAACUAUUUAUGUGCUAAUAUUUUUCAGUGCAGAAAACAAAACUAAUUGAAUUCAAUGUUUUUUAUAAUUCUCUAACAAUUUAAUCACCGUGCCGGAUUAGCAAACUUAUUAUUUGGGUCUAGUUUGAGAUACUUUUUGUAUCCAAAUCCGCUUGAUAUUUUAAUUAAAAUCAGGGACAAACUUUAAUCCGAAAAGCUUAGCGUAUAAUUCUGAAGCAAAAGUAAUUAUAUUCGAAAGAAAAUCGUAAAACCACAAUUUCUUUAAAAUAUAGACGUUUGGUUCCACAUUCUACAAAUAAAAUAUUUCUAUCGUAAUACAUAUAAACAGCAAUCCAAAAAUAUAAUGGAUCGGCCCACAUAAAAUUAAAUUAUAAUUUAUUUUCAGUUUUAAUGUUAAUAGGUAGUCAAAUUUGCCACUUCAAAUAGUUUUGCUUUCAUAGCUUUCUUAGUUUCUUAGUUACAAUUGACAUUGGAAAAACUACUAAUCUAAAUACAAAUUAACGUAAUUAUUACCUCAGAUUUCCCAUUUGACAUUCAAUAUAGCGGCACAAAGUAGUAGGGUGUCGUAUGGUUCUUGUAUAGUUUACUCUGCAGUUGCAGAGCAAUGAAUGGGUCGCUCAAAAUAAAAAGUAUAUCGACAACAGUAGGUGUUAGCACAGUCUGUUCACUUAGAAUAGAAAUAUUGGUUGUAUAAAAACUCCUAUCUGUAUUAAUAACAUAUUAAUAUAAUUCUUAUAGGCGAAUAAACGUAUGGCACGAUUUUAACAAUCAUGGCAAUUUUAAAUUUCUGAAGUUUUCUUUCCAAUUUUCGAAUAAUUUUGUAAUAGUAGUGGUGUCAUGUUUGUUAAAAUUGAUGAAAAUAUUAGACAUGAUAUGGGCCUAUGACCUUAACUAUUAGAGUGAAACAUUCCAAAAUGUGAUAUAUUUAUAGUGAUGGUUAACAAAAAAAACUGUAGUAUGCAACUUUUGGAAAACAUUAAUCAAUCCCUGUGUUUUGAUCUACACAACAUAUAUCCCACAAAUGUGAAACUAUUCAAUAUUUAAAUGUUUCAUGUGUCUUUCGCUAAAGGGCAACAGUUUCCUUGGUAUUUUAAAACACUAUCAGUGUUGUAUCACCAAUCCUUUCAACUAGAUAGUAUCAAUUUGCUAUUUACAAAAAUUAAACCAGGAAAAUUUAAAUAGCGUAAUAUACUAAAAUGUGACUGUUAAAAAAUCGGAGAUUCCUACAUCUCAUACAUCUACGAGACUUACUAUCGUAUGAAAUUCCCCUAAAAACGUCAUAUUAUAUUAGUAAAGUGAUAUGUGUGUAUUCUAAAGGUGUGUGUUUAUAUUUUAAGUACUGUAGGUACAGUUUUACCAUAGCAAUGCGACUUUUUAAAUUAAAUUUAACACCAAUUUAUUAGUUUAUCAAUAAAUUUGCUUGAUAUUGAUACUGAUAACUGAUAGAUCCGAAUGUCAUUAUGCUACCUUUCGAAAUAAAGAAUAAAAGGAAUAUAAUAUGAAAUGUUGUACUAUAAAGUUGUUUAUUGACUUAGUUUCGAAAUUAUUUAAAAUUUACCAAAUACAGCCAGUGAGUAACGCGUCGAAAUAAUGUUAAUUGACUUAUUAUAAGUGCUUCUCUUUCUGUACUUAUUCGAUUGUGUCUUGUUAAUGAUGAAUGUUUUUAUUUAAAUCUUUAUUUUUAAGUUUAAAAACUUUAAAGAACGCUUAAAAAUCAUAAAUUAGAGGAUAAUAGUGAAUUUUUAUACAGUGUAGCAGAAAGUAAGGCGAUUGUUAAAAUGUAUUAUCUCGAAGAACGGUUUAGGGUAUUUAGAAUAAAUCAUCUGUACGUAAUAAACUUGUUGGAAUUUUCAAUUAAUUUGAUCGAAAUAAUGAAGCACGAUGCAUAUAAGCUAACCGAUGAAUUUUAUAAUGCUCAAAUACAAAAACGCAUAAACAUUUCUUAACGCACAACUUAGGCUGUCAUCUUCCAGGGGCAAAAGAAAAAAAUCAAAAUAAUUGUUGAGACUAUACAUUUUUUAAGCGGUUUUAUCUUUUAAUUACUACAACAGGAAAUGUUAAAUUAUUUUAGGGAAUCUGCAGCAAAAAUAUUUCCAUAUAUUUUUGGGAACGGUGUAUAUUAUUGUACAAAAACGUGGCGUUGAUUCGUAUCAUUGAGAAAUUUUGUUUGUUUUUAUUUUAUUGACGAAUUUCUACUUAAAUUCGCAGUGAAAGUCUACGGAAUUUAUUAAGAAAAUAAAACUCCCACAAAAAAUUCAAUUUUCGCAACAGUCGGAUCAAAAGUUAUUUGAAAAUUCCGAACUUCAAUUUUGAGCCUAUACAUACUGGAAGCCCUUACUUAAUUCUCCUCUUGGAGAAAUCAUCAAUCUAAGCUCCAAAACGACGUGUUUCGAUUAGGGCAAUAAUUAGUUGCACCAUAUAUCAAGGAUAUUGUGUAGGUAAUUUUUUUAUUUUAUUUUCUUAUUAUUUACUUGGCCAUCCGUUUGCAAAUAGUUAAUUUCACAUGCUACAAGGAAAAAGCGUCAUGUGAAAUAUGUAAAUAUUUUGUAAAUAAAAAACGUCCUCUAUUUCCAGAUAAUUUUUUUAAAUGUUAAAACUAUUAAUUCAGUUAACUUACUGGAAUUUUUCUCAUAACUGAAACCAAAUAGAGUAAUUAUCAGCAUUAAUAAAUAACUUAUUUAUUAGUGAAUAUACCACAUUGAUUGAAAUAUGAAAUAAUGAUUAAAUAUUGCAAUUUUUGCGGAUACGAUUUUUCUCAUGUGUACACACAAAAGAUUAACCUCAUAAAGCUUUUCUAGAAAAUAUAUUUUCGAAUGGAAUAAGCUGCAUAUUAUCAGGUUAACAAAAUCAUAAUGUAUUUCUUCAUAAGGAAGGCUUAAUACAAUGUCACAUCAAAGAAAAUUAAAAAAAUUUGCAGUUUCUUUAAGCUCAUUUUUAUUCUAUUUUUUAACCCAUUCACCCUAGACGUAAUCUUAUGGAGAGCUGAAACAUGUUAACAUUCAACACCUACUUGCCUAAUUUUAACACUGCACACUUUAUUCACUGUACUCUACUAAUUUAAACCUUUCCUGACCUGACAAUUUUUCAAAAAAAAAAUUCUACAAAGCCGCCAAAUACUAAGCAACUUUUCGCAUGUAAAACGUAUUUUUUUCAGAUUUUUGUAAACGCGUUGAUUUUCUAAUUAUGCAGUCACCAUUAGAGCGAAAGUCUACUGUUUCUCAGUUCAACCUUCCGGAUAGUGCAGGUUUAAUUUCGAACAGCUACUAUUUUUUUUUCCUUUAACAGUUAUCCGUAUUUUCGUCUAUGAUUUUGUACCAUUUAAAACACAUUAGGCAGUAGAUUUACAAUUUUAUUUUAAAUGUCAGCGAAUUAAGUCAAACGUGUGAAAAAUGUUGUUCACUUUAAACUGUUUAUCCACGACUAUUCAGUAUUAGACUGAUUAGGAACGUGUCGAGUUAAGAGUAAUCACUCGUAUUAAUCCUAGGGGAAUAAUAAGCGGAAAUCUUCAUUAUUCCCUACUGCACUGUGGAUGAAAAUAUAGUAAUGCAAAGCUAAAAAAAUAUUUUUUCCUGUAACUGUUUUAUUUCGAAUUACAAAAAAUAGUGCAUUCCUAGGACGAACAAAAAAUUAUGUCUUUGCUGCUAUCAAAAAUAUAUUUUCAUAUGCAUAGGACUUAAAGUAGCAUGAUUGUUUUAUCUCAAAUAUAUACGUAUUAAGUUUCUUCUUUGCGUUCUUGCUUUUCUUCUUUGCUAUUCAGACAGCCUAGUUUCAAGUGCAGUACUUUUAAACAAAUCUUGAAUAACUCGUGGAUAAAUUGCACAGAAGAAUAAUGAUUGUCUUAACAUAUUCUCUGACUGGAACGUUUUUCGAGGUAAUCGUGGAAAAUAUUUUUAUUCUGACGUUUCGCAGCCAUCGAUGGUUGCUGGAUAUGAGAAACAAUUUUUUCCACGACGAGCCUACAGGGCCGAUAACCGCAACAGUUUGAAUAAUAUAUUAAUAUAUAUUAUCUGAUAUGCUCACAGUAGCACAAAACCCAAAAGAUGACAGCCUUAUCUAUAACACGUUAAAUUGAACUUACCUUAUAUGCAUACCGUUUAUGUGACACAUUUGAUUCAAAAUUUAGUAACUAGACCUACGUAUAAAUAGUAAUAUAAUUCUCUACUGAUAUCACCAAGCAGUAUUUGAUUGAUGUGUUACUAGCGAAGUACGUCACUGACCUAAUACAGGGUGGCAAAAUCGUUCACCGUUUUACUAGACACCAAAUGUAAAGUAAAAUGUUUCGGGUAUUUUUACGUUCACUGUCGAUGAAAUUCUAGGAAAUACUUCACAAAAUCGCUUUUAUGUUUGUAAAUAUCUUUCUUAUAGGAAAUAAUAGAAUAACUUUUUAUUAAGAGACUUUGAUAUUUGUAGCUGUUUCUUUAAGAAUUGUGAAAUUUUGACUAAUAAUACAUAAUAAAAUUCUAGAACAAA